UCAUUCCAAGGGAGUUGCAGGGAUUGCGGACUUCCCUCAAAGUUCAGUUACCGGAGUUAAAUCAGCCACAAGGGGAAUGUAACUUUGGAGUUCGGGAAAUUUGCGGAUGGUAAUAACAGGGUAGUUUUUUUCUGUGGUAGAAAUAUUUAUUUUAAUACGUUUGUUAAGUAUGAAGCACAGGCGUGGAGAGAUGGACCGGCGUUGGGCAGUUUUCACACUGAUUUUAAACUUUCAGCUCACUUACGGGACCCCCUCCUCUUACGGCUUGUUCCGCGGGUCUGCAAACACUGGACCGGUACACAGACACAGGACUGGGAACUGGUGCGCCUAUAUGGUGCAAAAGAACGUGAGCUGCGCCGUGCAGGGGAGUGUGGAGAGCUUCCAGGAGCCCGUGGUGGCCCCCUGCCCAGCCUACCAACCUGACUGCCAGCAACAAGUGGCGUACAAAACUCAAUUUCGACCCACAUACAAGAUUGCUUAUAAAACGGUCACAGAGUUAGAGUGGAGAUGUUGUCCUAAUUACCAAGGUCCAAACUGUAAAGACUCAAAACCAACCCCUAACCGGCAAACAGUUCAGGGAACGCAGCCUUACCGCCCACCAAAUCCUGGACAGGCAACCAGACACAUACAGAGGCCGGAGCGAAGAGAGACCCCGCAGCAUGUGACAAGGCCUGGUGGGACAGAUAAGGUGCAUCUUCUGGAAGGUGAAGUUCAACGUCUGUCUCAGACAGUCCUGGAUCUCCAGUCUGCUUUGACGGGGUUAACUGCAAACCUGCAAGAGGACACAAAGAAGAUGCUGAUGACACUUCUAAACAACAUGCGCCCACCAGACAGUCCCACAGAUGCAGCUACAGAGGAGAACCCGGCCGUUUUGGAUGGCCAUCAGGCCACCAGAGGUGGGAUGCCAGGACAGAAGGACAUAGAAAAAAUAGUCGCUCGUUUGGAUGAUAUCAAUAACGCUCUGCAAAGCAAGGAUGAAGCUUUGGACGACCUAAGAGGAAUCACAACAAGUCAUGAGGGCCAGAUACGUGUCCUCAUGGAUGCCUCUCAGUCUCAAGCUUCACCCAUACCGGACUUUGAUGUUAUACAGACUUACAUUGAUGGAAAAUUUGAAAGCCUAAAGAAGGAGAUUGACCAGAAUUUGGAGGAGCAAAUGGCCAAAGAUCAGAGCUCAUGUAAUGAAAAGCUCCAGAAGCUGCAGAAGACCUGUGAUGAUAGCCAUGAUGAAAUUUUGGACAGGUUUACCAAGUUGGUCAAUUCCAAGGAGGCUGAUCUGCGAAAGGAGAUCCGAUCACUGCGUCUAGACUUGGCUGCUGCAGAUGGACCUGUGCGAACUCAAAGACAGACGGAUCCAUCCAAAGAAGAAAAAGAACACGGUGACCAUAAAGCCCUGUGGCGUGAGAUUGACCGCAUUGCAGAGGCUCACCGCAUCCUGAAUGUCCGUAUUGACAAUGAGCUGGAAAAUCUGUCUGCUCCACAGGAAAGCAUCAGUGAUUUUUCCGUAUUGAUUGAGGAGCUGGAGGCACGUAUAAAUAUUACAGAACUAAAUGCAGAGACUCACUGCUUCUACAUCGAGGAAAAGCUAACCCGUACAAUCACAGACGAAGUGGCAGCUCUUCGGAUGCUUCUGGACGGACGUCUGAACGGCAUGGAGGACCAGUUUACGAACAUGCUGGUGGAAAUGAGCAAAAACAAUUUCCCAGGGGAGUUUAGUGACUCUAUUAAUGCCAUCCAGUCAGAAGUUAACAACAGCAAGCUCCUCCUCCAAGGUUUGGAUGAUAAGGUUAACACUGUAGGAGAGUUGUGCUCUGCAGGAUGUUCAGGCUCACAAAAUACCGCAGGACAGGUAACUUCUGCACCUAAACUUCCUGGUCUAGAAAACAUUUUGAAGGACCUGUAUCGGUACAGAAAUGACCUGGAUGUCCUUCACACAGACGUGAGUUCCAACACAGCCAAGCUCAGCCAACUUGAGAAUUUUAUUCAGAGGUACUCAGGAGCAGAGGAGAGAAGUGUGCAGACAAUGGAUGACUUCAAGAAGGGACUGAAUAAUCUUCAAAACAACGUGCUCGGUCUGUCUGGCGCUGUUACUGGUUUAAGUGAUUCCUUAGGCAAAUACAACCAAGAUAUGCAGAAAAUAAACUCAACAUGCUGCUAUGCUGAGCAGAGAGGCGAAAGCAGUACAACACAGGACAGCUGGAGUACAUCUGAAUCCACUCAACGUAAGGUGGGGGAGCUGGAGGACAGACUCGAUACGCUUAGCAGACAGGUGUCAUCUGAACUGACUGAAUGUAAACAGAACACGCAGGGUGUUUCUGAUGGCAUCUCGGCUGUGGAUGGACGUGUAACCCGACUCGAAAAGGUGUGUGGAAGGUUAGAUGGAGUUUCUGCUAACAUCAAAGACCUGAAAGAUGGGCUGGAGAGACAUGUUGCCGGCCUGCGGGACUGCGUCGACAGAAUGAACGUCACAUGCGGAAAUCACGGAGCAGAAAUCAACGCUCUGCAAAAUUCCUUGCAGAAGUUUCAGGCACAGCUGUCCGUCAUGGCCAAACAUGUUUUGAAGGACGGCGCAGCCAAAGAGCCAGGAAUGACCUUAAGACCAGUACCAGAGAUGCCUGCGUCUUUGCCAGACAGAAACAGAAUCCAACAAAUCCACAUCCCUUUUAUCAUCGACCCUGUGCAGACCAACCCCAGAACACCAUACAGCCCAGGCCAACCAGUGCAGCCAAACACACACAGAAUAAACAUCAGCCCGCCAAGACAGCCUUUCAGUCCUCGGCAACCAGGUGUGCCGACUGUGCCCGAGAUUUCUGUGGUGGAGAUGGGAGAGGCAGGACCUCCAGGAUACAGCCGAAGGGUGACUGUGCGAAGAGGGUCUGAGGACUCUUCUAGAGAUCGUGUUAAAGGGUUUGCAGGAGCACCAGGCUAUCUUCCUCUGAAGCCUGUUUCUUUCAUGCCUCAAUCAGCCAGACGCCAAGCUCUUACAGCAGUAAAGGUGCCCUGGAACCCCGUUUAUCGAGCUCCAGCUGAUUCACCAGUUUCAGUUGACAAUAGCGCUUUGGCAGACACCUUCUCCUUCUCUGCCGGCCUCACUCAGCAACGUUUCUCUGGAGAUUUUGGAAUCGUUCGCUUUAACAGAGUCCUAGUAAACGAUGGAGGACAUUACAAUCCCAGCACAGGGAUCUUCACUGUACCGCUGGAUGGCCGAUACCUGAUUUCAGGUGUGCUGACCGCAAAGCAGGGCGAUCGUGUAGAGGCCGUGCUGUCUGUGUCUAACCGCAGCGUACAGAGGCUACAGAGCUCAGCAAGGCCCGCGGAUGGCCUGGCUGGUGGUAAUUGCGGCUGCGGGGGUACAGCAUCCUUUAAUGUUAUUCUACCGCUGAGGAAAGGAGACCAAGUGGCUGUGGUAAGAACCGGAGGUCAGCUGGCCACAACCGAAGCCAGGGAGAUCCUGUCCACCUACAGCGGCACCUUUCUCUACCAGCCACAAGCCAAAAGAUAGCUGGAGCUCAGGUGGAAAGUAACAACGAGGACUACUUUGUUCCCAGACAUGUGGACUGGAGGAAAUGUUGAAGAAACCAUAUUUUUAAAACAAAAAAAUGAUUUGCUGUGAUGCAGCUGUUUUAUCUGUGUGAAGAUCUUUAGUUAUAAAUUCAGUUAAAAAAGCUUUUAUGUGGAAUUUGUAAGCAAUUUUCCAAAGACACCUGACAACAAGAAGCAGGAUUUGUAUCUAAUAUAUUUAUCAAGAUGAAUGUUUGUACCACCUAUUGUAAAUGUCUUGUGUAAAAGUAUAACUUAACACUUUUGUAAAUUUUGUUUUAGCAGCAGCAUUCAGAGACUAGGCAUACAGUAUGGUCAACAAUCAUUGGAGCAUAUUUGUAGGUUAGCUUUAAACAUCAACUCACGUCAUCUUAAAAGUGCUCUGGGUGAUUAGGAAAUCUGCACAGAGAGAUUAAUGAGGAAAGGAAAGACUUAGCAACACAACAAGAUUUUAUUAAUAGUACAAACUUGGCUGGCUUCUACUGAAAAAUACAGGGUUAGUGAGCCCCCCCCCCCCCUUUUUUGUGAUUAUGUAAAGUGGGUGGGGAUGAUAAAUAAAUUCCCCUUUUCUCACUCCUGAGACUGACUAAAAUUUUCCAGCAUCAAACUGUAUUUGAUGAAGUAUUUAGCUUUCAGUUCAGCCUUUGUUAACCCUUAAAAAGAGAAAACUGAUAUUUUAAUUAAAAUUUGAAUAAAUAAACACCCUGGAUUACCAUUUUGUAUGAUUCUUCUUAUCUUUAUAUUAUUUAAUAAAACCAAGCAAAACCUCUAAGAUGACCUGAGGGACUUAACCUGCAGUACCCUCAUUAACGUACUGUUACUUCAAAGUACGCAAUAGAGCAGGAGUUACUCCACUUGCCUCUGGUUACUGUUGAACUUUUGGACUCAGACUGCAGAAAAGAAAAUCACAGCACACACAUAACUGCAUUCAUUUAGAAAUUUUAUUUCAUACAAACAAGACCAUAAGCCACAUUAUGUUAGCUUCAUUAGGCCUGAUUUUUUUUUUUUUUUACUUCUUCUUACAGCUGAUUUUGUUCUUUAAACCACAUUUCUAUACAAAUCAAACACAGCAUACAUUUAAUGCAUUUCUGCUGGUCGGACACAAAUACCAAGCAAUACAUCCAAACAAAAACAGAACAAAACUUAAGUCACAGAACAGCUCAUACACGUUAUAAGAAAAAAACAAAAAGGCAUCAAAGAAGAAUGUGAUGGUCAGCAUAUAUACUCAUUCAAACAUUUAUUUACCACAUAUCCCAGGAUCAGAGAGGAUGAAGUGUGAUUCUUUCACACAAGAUGCUUUACUUUCAUAGAAAGAAUGGAAUUUCUUGUUGAUUAUAAGAUAGAUCUAUUUGACUUCACCACUUUGCAGAGAACAAGCAAACAAAUCAAAGCGGGGCACACUGUAUUCAUCAAAAAAACAAAAACAAAAAAAAAAGCAGUGCAUGUAGCUGUCACCAUAAAUUGUGCUUAUUUUUAUGCAAUGAUCUUGGCUGCUCCUGCUCUUUUAGUCCACACUGGCAUACACAGUCAGUUACACUUGCAUUGGAGAUAUGAUCCAUCUGACCAAAACUCCUUUCCUAAAUCAUACAUAGAUAAUGCCGGGGAAGUGCCUUAAACACUUCCUGUACAGUCAAGUAUUUCCUGUUUAUCUCCAAAAACAGUUUAUCUUCCUCUGGUCACCAGAGGCACGGGAAUCAGGCUUUCCUGUCUCACGCACUCAAGCACACACAUUGAGGCUAAGGGGUGGCUCUGAUACUACCUUGCUGCCUGUUACCCCAAAUUAUCAUCAUUUUUCUCUGCCUUAAAAACAUACACAAAAAAAGCUACUCGAAACGAGCUAAGCUUCUCAAAACUCACUAACAGACAAAUUUCAGAUUAACUGAAUAGUCAAGAAGGUAAAACUCAAACUCUUUAUGCUGCAGUAAUUGCAUACUCUGGUCUACUGUCUACUUAGACUGUCGGUGAAGUGCAUGUGGGUGGGAGAUGUGCUGAGUUGUAAGUCUUGAGUUUCUGGGUGCAAGUUUGACAAAGUGCGCUGGAUAAAGCCACCGAGGGAACCUAAGCAAAGGAUGCAGGAUGCUGCCACCCCAACAGCAGCAGCACUCUGUGAUUAGGUACACACACACUUCCAUCAUCCUGCAGUCCUUCCUACGGAGGACCUCACAAAGCACAAUCCUUCAUUUUAAGCUCUUUUUAAAUCUGCUUAUAUCCACUGUUCCAUCUCAAGCAUCCUCUCUCACAUUUACACACAUCUGGUAAUACUACAGAUUCUGAGGUUUUGCUCAGGAAUGUCUACGUGCCUUACAUGUUGAAAAAUUCACUGUUAAUAAAAGAAAUACAGGCUUGUUGCUGGAGACGUGACCAAAGAAAGCUUGUACAAGGCCUAGCAGUGCAUGUUAGUGUGUGAUCAGCCUCACAAAAAUACUAAUCUGAAAUAUUGCA